AUGUACCAUUGCCACAACAACUAUGUGAACAACGAACAAACAGAAAUACAUCAAACGCCGAUCAUGGGGCUUAUCGUCAACAACGCGAACAACUCGCUGCGGGUCUGUCUGACUGUCCUCAAGGUCGUAGGCUUCCUGACCCCACCACAGACUGGGAUCUACAGCUUCUUCCUAUCGGUGUAUUGCUUUGCUUCUUUCAUGUUCUUAGUCGGAGGUAUCAUAAUAGCUCAAACUGGUGCCAUGUUUCAAAUUUGGGGAGACCUGGCUCUCAUGACGAGUGCAUCAUUUCUGCUGUUCACUAACUUGGCGUUUGCUCUCAAGAUCAUAAACGUGGUGGCGAGGAGGCGACAGAUACAGGACAUCAUUGAUGAUGCUGAUGAAGUACUCGUGGCUGAGGACAGGGAGGAAGGGAAGGAAAUUAUUAAGAGCUGCAAUAGGGAGACCACCAGGUUUUUAUGCAUGGAAGUACUGCUGUCUCUGAUCACAGUGCUCGGCUGGGCAGCCAGUGCUGAGAAGGACCAGCUUCCUCUUCGAGCAUGGUAUCCAUAUGACGCUUCCAAGUCUCCUGCAUAUGAACUAACAUACUUUAAUCAGGAUUUACUGACUUCUGACGAAGAGAAAAUAGUUCAAUCUCGCUUGCGGCAGUGUGUUAUCAAACACGAGGCUGCGUUGAAGUCGACCAGGUUGAUACAGAAGUGCUUCUCAUACCCUAUCCUGGCGCAGUUUACCGUGUCUGCCGUCAUCAUCUGUGUUACAGCAUACCAGCUGGCCAUGGAAUUGGACAACGGGAACAGAGUCCGGAGUAUACCAAUGGCGACCUACUUGCUAUGCAUGAUGCUGCAAGUAUACAUCUACUGUUAUCAAGGAAACCAGCUAACAGAGGAGAGUUAUGAGAUAGCGGGAGCUGCGUACGAGUGUCCGUGGUAUAAAUGUUCCCUGCGCCUGCGACGGUCCCUGCUAAUUGUCAUGUUGCGCACGCGAUGCGCUGUACAACUCACUGCUGGCGGAUUUAUGACGCUCUCUCUUUCAUGCUUCACCUCAAUCAUAAAGGCUUCAUAUACUUUUUUCACGGUGCUCAAGCAAGUUGAAGACAGAAAUCCGAAGUAA